AUGGCCAGCAUCAUCAGCAACAUCCUUCCAACUGAGGACCUCUCCACCCGCGCCUACAUGCGUUGGGACGCGACAGGGGUCGAGGAAGUGCCGCCAAACGAAGCUGAGGACAUCCAGGCCGUUGCUGAAUUGAUCAAUGAGGGGCAGCGCAGAACAUGGAACUCGACGCGGCACGGAUAUGGCGGUACUCAUGCCAGAACACAGGGCAUUGUUAAAGGCACAUUCAUCGUCCCUGAUGACUUGCCUCCCCACCUGAAGCAGACAGAACUAUUCCAACACGGUGGAGAGUACCCCGUAGCCUGCCGAUACAGUUCAGAGCCUGGUGAUCCAGGUCUGGAUGACCGCAUCCCCCAGCCCCGAGGCUUCGCCAUGAAGCUUUUCAACGUCAAAGGAGACAUGUUCGAGGCAGGCAUGGACACCCCCACCCAGGACAUUGAGUUCAACAGCACCCCGGCUAUAGACCUCGCCGACGCCAAAACGACAAAGGAAAUCAUCGGACUUCGACUCAAGCACGCUGGCAACAAAGACGAGCUGAACAAGCACCUCAACGCGCGCCAUGAUGCCCAGCUCCAACUGGGCCGCGACCAGGUCCGCAACACGCACCUCGAGUCCACGCGGCAGUACUCCCAGACAGCGUACCGAUUCGGAGAUUACGUCAUCAAGUACUCCCUCGUCCCGUCUACCGAGACACAGAAGAAGCUCUAUGAGGAGACCGUGAAGCCAGAACACGACGAGGCCAUCUUGCAAAAGUGGCUGCAAAAUUUUCACGCGCACCACGAUGCAGAGUAUCUCUUCCAAGUGCAGCUGCUGGAGAAUCUGAGCGAUCAGCCUGUAGAGUACUCAGGCGCCGUGUGGGAUGAGUCCAAGUACCCCUGGCAGACUGUCGCCAAGCUCGUGAUUCCGCAACAGGACAGUUUCGACUACGAGAGGAAGCGAUUUUGGGAAGACUAUGCUCGCGUUGACCCGUGGCAUGGGCUGAAGAGUUUGCAACCUCUGGGAAGCUCGAACAGGCUUCGACGGGCUGUUUACGCUGCGAGCAGCAGUAUGCGCCGAAAGUUGAACGGGGUGAAAGAGGUUCAAGUGAAGAGUAUUGAUGAGAUACCCAACUGA